UUCCCAACUCACCAAUAAAGCAAAACACUCGAGGCGUUCCAAUUUGCAAAGUUCUCACCUUUCCACUUCCGACUCUAAACACUGAAAAGGAAACCUAAAUCCUCCUUCUCACUCCGACAGUGACGCAAAACGUGAGUUGUUCUCAUUUGGUGGACUAAUGACGGUGCCGGCACAAGAGGUUAGAGUUGAAACUGAUACUCUUGGAGGAUCAUUAAAAACCAGAAAGUGAGAUUGGAUAAGAGAAUGGUCAUUUAAGAUUCUGUCUUAUGGUUACUGUAUUGGUUACAGUUGAAGGGGUUUUACACAUUGUGGUAUAUGGGGACUCCAGAAGCAGAGUAUGCUGCAUUUGAGGAGAAGGUCAAACGAACUGUUUACCUAGAUAACAUCUCACCACAGGUCACCGAUAUUGUUGUCAGAACUGCUCUUUCUCAGUUUGGGACUGUGAAAAAUGUUCAGUUCAUUCCAGACUACUUCAAAUCAAGGAACAUCGGACAGUGUGCACUGGUGGAGAUGGAGAACCCCAAACAGGCUGAUGCUAUUGUCUCAGAGAUAGCUCAAUUCCCAUUCAUGAUGGCGGGGAUGCCAAGGCCUGUGAGGGCAUGUCCUGCUAAAGUGGAGAUGUUUGAUGAUCGCCCUGCGAAGCCUGGAAGAAAUAUAUCUUGUCGUUGGUUGGAGCCAAAUGAUCCUGAUUUUGAAGUGGCACAAAAACUGAAGCGUCUUAAUAAAAAGCAUGCUGCUGAAGCGUCAUCUUUGCUCAAGCAACAACUCCAGGAAGAAGAGAAUCUUGCGAAGCAGCAGAAUGAGGCUCUUAAAGCAAAUCAUAAGAAGUAUGAAAUGAUAGAUAGUGUGAUAGCUGAUGGAACUGCUCGUCAUUUGGCAAAACGUUAUAAAAUGAGAAUUGCAGAUGACUGGUAGGUUUUUUGUUGAGGUUCUCCCUCAAGAAAGUUUAGUAAAUUUGUAAAAAAUGCUUAGUACAUGAUGGUUGCUUCUAGUAAAGGACUUCAUUUGCUUGGAAAAAGAGUUCAGUUUGGGAGUAUCCUAUUGUUCUUUUGAUGAAUUGUGAUAUAUGCUGUUGCUUUUU